AUGCGCGGCCCCAUCCGACCGCUGCUACGGGCCCAGCUGCGCUCAAAGCCAGCCAACGGCCACACCACAUUUCUCCCCCAAAUUCGCAAGCUCGUCUUCGAGUACUGCGACAAGUGGCCCUCUUCCGCAAACACUCGCACCUACAUCCAAGCCCACAUAUCCCAGCUCGCCCUCGACAACCCCCACGUCGAGCUCGUCGUGAAGCAGCGAAACCAGAAGGAGCCUAUCGUCCGCGGCUUUUACGUAAACACCCGUGAUAAGGUCAUCCCCUUGAACAAUUUGGAAGUAACAGGAAUCCAGAAGAAAGUCAAGCUCCUCCUUGACUCAUCCGGCGCAAAAAUCGUGCCUCUCAAACGACGCGUCGUAGAGAGCACAACAGAGUCUACAAGGGGCAUCUGGAGCGGCCUCCAUGCGGACCCUCCCGUUCUGUAA